AUGUCCAAGAUCCUGGCUGUGGAAGACCUGCUGACCACAGGUCGUCAGCUUGGCAUGUACAUGGUCACCAACCUUGUCGGGUACGCUAUCCACUCCGCUGUCGUCCUCCCCCUCAUCUACUUGGCGCUCACCAGAAGGAACCCCUACAGGAUCACUCGUGGAAUACUACAGGCUCUGGUCACUGCAGUCGGAACAAAUUCAAGCGCUGCCACACUUCCGGUGACCGUCCGCUGCUGUGAAGACAACUUGAAGAUUGACCGGACCAUCUGCCGCUUUGUGCUGCCGAUUGGGGUCACCAUCAACAUGGACGGCACCGCCAUCUUCCAAGUCGUCACCGUCGUCUUCAUCGCACAACUGAAUGCGAUACCGCUAAACGUCAUCGACAUCUUCAUAAUCUGCUUAUGUACAACUUUGACCAGCGUUGGCUCGGCAGGUAUCCCCGGGGGCGGCUUUGUAACGCUGUUUGUGAUCAUGUCCGCCGUCGGCCUGCCUCCUGAUGACGUCUACUUCGUCCUGCCCGUUGUCUGGCUCCUGGGCCGUGUCAUCACCAUGGUGAAUAUCAGCGGAGACUGUGUGGCGGCGGCCCUCCUUGCUCACUACUUCCCCCGACAAGGUGCUGGAGCUGUACACAGGGAGCAAGAAGAGAACAUGAUAGACCACGCAGACAUUGUGUAAUGGGAGCCAAGUCGUCUUCAGACAUUGUGUAAUGGGAGCCAAGUCGUCUUCAGACAUUGUG